AUGAUGAUUGGAACAACAAUCUUGAUUACUUUUUUAAUUCUCUUAUAUUCAACGAUUUGUACAUCUGAUCCAUGUCGAUUCGAAUAUCCUGAAAAAGGUGUAAUUGAUAUAACUUCUUUGGGACGAUCAGAUGGUAAAGCUGCCUAUGCAGACAGAUUACCAUUAAUACCAUCUAGUUACAAAUAUAGUUAUAAUCCAUGUAAACCAUUCUCUGAAGGAUCUGUUUGUAUAAAUACAGCUGUUUGUCAAACAUCAAUUAAUGAUCAAUAUCAGUAUGUUAUCGGUGAUCAAGAAACUGCAACAUGGAAUCCAGGGAAUGGAACGAGUAUUGAUCCGUCAAUUACUUAUACACAUGAUGACAGAACAGUUGUUGUUCAAUUACGAUGUUCAACAAGUGAAAAAGAAGAAUUUCAAGUUUUUGGUGAAGAUCCAUUGAAACGUUAUACCUGUCGUUUAACACAUAAAUGUGCUUGUUGGAAUGGAUGUGCAAAUGCAACCUCAACAACAACGACAACAACAACAACAACAACGACGACGAUAACGACAACAACUGUACCACCAUCAUCCAAUCCAUGUCGAUUNACAGAACGGCGAUUUUUUCGUUCCAUUCCGUACCGUCCCAUAGACUUGCUGUUCUGUGUCUAUAAAAAUUCUAUCUAG